AAAAAGAGAAUAAUAAAACAAUCACUAGACAUGUUCAACGACUAGAUUCAGAGAUAUUACCGAAUGUUCAGAAACGAUUCCAUCUUUCAAUUGCAAGAAACACAGAGAGAGACAGAGAGAGAGAGAUGCCUUCAAGACAAAACCCAAUCCAACCAAAGCCAUUCAACAACAACAGAACAGGAGCUCUCUUCCUAAUCCUCACAGUCUCAUCAUCUCUCCUCAUCUUCCUCGCAAUCAUCUACUUCAUCUACCACCUCUGGACAUCCCUCCUCAACCGCUCAAGAACCAUCCCUUUCUUCGACGUCGCCUCCUCUCCUCCAUCAAAGCUCCAGCUUUUCUCCUACAAAGAGCUCAAGCUCGCGACCAACGACUUCGACGAGUCCAACGUGAUCGGCAAAGGCGGCUCGGGGACCGUGUUCAGAGGCAUUACGAGGGACGGGAAGCUCUUCGCGGUCAAGAGACUCGACAGCCUCUCUCUCCAGUCCGAGACCGAGUUCCAGAACGAGCUGCAGAUCCUCGGGGGCCUAAAAUCGUCUUUUCUCGUGACGCUUUUGGGAUACUGCGUCGAGAAGGAUCACCACAGGUUCUUGGUUUACGAGUAUAUGCCCAACAAGAGUCUCCAAGAGCUUCUUUUCAACGAAGAAGGCUCGUGCUUGAGCUGGGAGAGGAGGUUUGGUAUCAUUCUUGAUGUGGCGAAAGCUCUCGACUUUAUGCAUUUUGGAUGUGACCCGCCGGUGAUUCAUGGAGAUAUCAAGCCGAGUAAUGUUCUUCUUGAUUCUGAGUUUAGGGCCAAGAUCUCUGACUUUGGUUUGUCUAGAGUGAAAGUGGAGGAGGGAGGAGGUUAUGGUGGGGUUGAUCUGUUCAGUCAAGAGCUUUCUGAGAGCACUCCUCAGACGGGCGUUGGCACUCCAACGCAUCAUCAUGAGGUUGAUUUCUCUCUUGCGUUACAAGCUUCUUCGUCUUCUAAGAAUAGUAGGACGAGCCGUAACAUCAAGGGAAUGCAUCUGAGCUCGAUGAGUUUGGCUAUGGAAGAAAGUGAGGCGAAAGGGAAAGAGGUUGAGGAGGAGAAUGAGUUUGAGCAGAGCAAGGAGAUGAGUGUGAGUCCGAACUCGGUUCUUGAUUUGGGGAAACAGUGGGGGAGAGAUUGGUGGUGGAAGCAAGAAGGGAGUGGCGAGUUGUGUAGUAAAGAUUACGUUAGGGAGUGGAUAGGGAGUCAGAUUCACACCGAGAAUCCGGAUUGGGAUGAUGAUGGGAAGAAGAUCACCGUUAGCAGUAACACGCCUGAGCUGGGAGUUUCAACUAGGACAGUAGAUAAAGAUGAGUCUGGUUUGAAUGAAGCUAGGUUUGACACUCUAGAAGAGAAGUUUGCAAAGGAAGAGAACAACGAGAAGAAGAAAUCUAGAAAGAAGAAGAAGAAGAAGAAGCAUAGGAACAUGGAGGAAUGGUGGAAAGAGGAAGAACAUCAAGACAAAAAGAAGAUUAGAGUCUUGAGAAUCAAGUUCAAGAACCGUUUAAAAGUCCCACAUUUUCGUUACUGUUUCCAUGGUAAAGGCGAAAACGGCGUGGAAGAUAGAGAAGGAGAAGCAGCAGCGGGAGAGUUCAGCUUCAGAAGAGGAUGGAGAAGGAAAAGCAGCAGCAGCAGCAAGAAGAAGAACAAAUCAAUAGGGAGUGAGAUGUGGAGUGGAGAUUUAUUCAGCCGCGAGUUAAGCAGCACUACUAGCAUGAGAGGGACACUGUGUUACAUAGCACCAGAGUACGGAGGCGGCUGCUGUUACUUGAUGGAGAAAGGCGAUAUCUACAGCUUUGGAGUGCUGAUCCUAGUGAUCAUCUCAGGUAGGAGGCCUUUGCACGUCCUUGCGUCGCCGAUGAAGCUUGAGAAAGCCAACUUGGUGAGCUGGUGUAGGCAGUUGGCUCAGUCAGGGAACGUUCUUGAGCUGGUGGACGAGAGGUUGAAGGAUGUGUAUAGCAAGGAAGAAGCGGGACUGUGCAUUAACUUGGCUUUGGCUUGUCUACAGAAAGCGCCUGAGCUAAGGCCUGAUAUCAGUGAAGUUGUGAGGAUACUGAGAGGUGAAAUGGAGAUUUCAGCGACUGCUUUUGAGUUUUCUCCAUCGCCUCCUGCAAAAAUUUAUGGCAGUAGAUCAAAGCGGAGAAGUUAAAAACAGAGCAUUGCAGAGUAGUAGUUUGAAGUUUGGUCUGAUUUUUUGUUGGUGUUUUCUUUAUGAAAUUGUUAAAUUUAACUUUUGCGAAUUGUAUUAUGUUGUGAUGUUUUUGUAAUCUAUGACUGAGAUGCCAACUCAAUCAAAAUGCAGAAGAAUGUAUAUCAAAUUAUAGUUCAAGUGCAGUUUUGUUGUGAGAGA